GGAGAGAGAGAGAGAGGUGUUCUCGGAGGUGGAUGGCGGUGAAUGGGGCUGGCGCGGAGCCGGCUGUAUCCCGGGAGCUUCUUUCUGCGGGAGGCGGAGGAGGCAUUCACGAGACGCUGCUGCUCAAUUCAAAGCAUGCAAAGAAGAAAGCCACGAGCUUGCAGACAGUCAGGCUGCCAAGGAGCAACCUUUUGGACAGGGUGCAGAACUUCCUACCCCAGAUGGCCAGUGCAAAUGAUAAACUAAGAAAAGAAAUGGACAGCACGCCUCUUCAUGAGUUUGAUAUAGAACACGUAGAUGCCUCAACUGAAAAUGUCAUUGAAAUGAAUGUGGCUUUGGUUGAAUUGAGUGGUUCUGAUACAGAGGAAGAGGAGUCAGUCUCAGAAGAUGACUCAGAAAGCGAGAACAGCUCUGUCUCUGAAGAAGUGACUGUAGACAACAUUAAGCUUCCUAAAUCGAAAGGAGAAGGCAGAAUAGAAAUUUUGGACAGUAAAACAAAUGAGUAGAUGCAUCAUUGCGAUUCCAGAUUUCCACUUCUGUUACGUAUCAUAGUCUUCUUGGAGAGCUAGUUUAUAAUCAGUUGCUCCGCCUACAGACCAGCUUGUAGACACCUUGUGUUGUGGAGAAGCAUGCAAGCUCUCUUUGCAGGUCCAGUUUCAAUAUUAAAGGGAUUAAUAAGGAUGUUCAGUUUUCCUCACGAGGUCAGCAUAGCAGAAAGAACAGAAGGAAAAAUUGAAUUGGACAGAGACUAGAAAUGCUGGGAACCCAGCUGAGGACUACAUUAAGUCUUAUUUACGUUUCCUGAUAGGUCCAUUUUUCAUGUAACAGCUGCUGCAUAGAAACCAAUGGAAAUGUGUCUGUCCUGCAGUAGAACCUCACUGUUUGGAGAGCUGAUCUAUGAGUCGCAAUUAUAUACAUGUUUAGACAGAAAACAUGUCAUACAACUUCCUGGUGGCUGGGGCAGGCUGGGAGUUUUGGGCCUUUUUUCUGCCCGAACAUGUAUAGAAUAGUGCCUUAAUUCACAAGACAUGUAUUGUUUUGAUCUUAAAUUAAAUUGGUCAUGUUCUGUUUGUUUAUUUUUAACAAUUGUCCAGAAGUUGUUAAUUAGCCUGUGAACCAUCCAGUUUCUGUUGUAGAGCUUUCUCUAGGGCUGCAGUCUUAGGCAUUCUUAUGUGAGAGCAAGCCCCAUUGAAGAAGAAAAAGAAGAAGGACUUCUGAAUAAGCUUUGCAUGGUAUUUGGGCUGUUACUUUUUAUUUGGCAGUGGAUUUGGAUAAAAAUUCAGAAUAUUUGGCAGGAAAACCCAAAUAAUCUGAAUAGUCUGUUGAAGUGGCUAACAGGCACAUAUGGAAAGUUUGUUUCCUGCCUUAACAUGGCACAAACGGCUUGUGAAAACUGGAUGGUGUGGAAGAAGCAAUGCAGCUCUAUUACAACUGCCUCUUGUAGCUCUAAACUACAGUAUAAAGGGCUGCAGGAGGCAACUAGCAUAAAGUUGCAAUGGUUUGUUUGGAUUUUUUUUAAAAAAACAACAGAGGUAGGUAGGUGGGUGUAGUGGUGUGUUACAUAUGUGCACUUAUUUCAAGAUCGUAAAAUACUGCAUAACACAUCCAGCACAAAUUUGUUUUAAUAAUAUAAUUGGCAUUCACAACUCUAUGUUGAUUACACAUUCCCUGUUGGCAAAGAGAUUAUAAAAUAGUUGCUAUAGCUUUUAUAUGCAUAGUUUCACAGAUGUUGUCUUCUGUAUCAUACAAAAUCAUAGUAUAAGUGCACUUCCUUGAUUUUAUUUGCAAUGCAUUAUGGCGAACUGGGUUUCUUCUAGGCUACUUAAAAUAUGCUGAGUUUGUAUCACAAGGGG